AUGAGUUUUCGACCUCGUCACUUAGCGGCACCGCCAUCCCCUCCACCUCAUGGACAGUCAGCAUGCUUUGAUUCUGUAGUCCCUUCAGUUGACGAUUGUAGAAGCGAGCCUGAGCCCCCGCCACCAUGGAUUAACCCCAAUAGGCCGUUACGACACCUGUCCUGGCGCUCACACUAUGGCUCGUCGAGUUUAACAACAACAACAACAGCCUUAACCCGACCUACCAUCAAUACUUCUCGACAGUCAAAUAAAAACCUUUCCAUUGGAGCCUACGCUGCUUUACUGUCUCACGUGGCCAAUGAGUUACGACAACGCAUCGUGCUCAACGAUCGUCUCAAGGAUGGCAUCGAGUACAAAAAUGCUUUCGAUGGGCAUGAAGCAGUGGAUAAACUGCUAGCCAUAAUCGCUACGAAAGACCGUAGCCUGGCAGUGCGUGUUGGGCGAGCCUUGGGGGCUCAGCGAUUAUUUCACGACGUCAGCUAUGAACGACAACUUGUUGAUUCGUCGUUUGAGAUAUACCAAUUCGACGACCGAGUGUUGGUGUCAACGAGCCAGGACACAGGCUCACCAGGAACCAUGACGAUGAGCAGUAGCGGCAGUAGCCACAGUAACCGUAGCAGUAGUACUAGUAGUAGCACUCGGAGUAGUUUUAUCGGUGACUCUGCUGCGACAGCAGCAGUGGCAUCGACAGCAGCAGUGGCAUCGACAGCAGCAAGAGCAGCAGCAGCCUUCUACGAUUUUCGUCUGGCCCAUCCAUCUGAUUCUGUUGCUGCAGCUGCAUCUGGUGCUGCAGAUGAUUUUCCCAACGGUGUGUUUACCGAAGUGACAUUUUGCUAUUCGCCCACUUGUAUAUACGACGAUCGGCCCUGUUAUAGUUACUAUUGCCCCAAACGGAUCGCCGAGCGUCGCCGACAACAAAGCGUCGACUCAACACUGGAGAGAUCAUCGCUAUCAAUCAACACACUGCAGUAUCAGCGACCUAGCGAACUAUGGGUCAAUGUCGUUUCUAGGGAAGUCAGCGAUUCUGUCUCAAAAUCCGAAUGUAAACGACAAGAAGCAAUCUUCGAGCUCAUAUUUACCGAAGAAAACUUUAUCAAAACCAUUGAAUAUAUGUGGAUUGAACCGAUCAGAAUUUCCGAAGAUAUCAUUCCCGAUUCAAAAAACCGCGAAAACUUCAUUCAAGAUGCGUUUGCUAAUAUCAUGGAAAUAUACGACGUACACGUCCAGAUGCUUAGUGCCUUUCAAAGCAGACAGAAUGAAAGCUCUAUUGUAUCGACCAUUGGAGACGUAAUGCUCGAUUUCGUUGAUAGGUUCGAUCCUUUUAUUGAGUAUGGUGCCAGUCAGUACAAUGCCAAAUAUGUCCUAGAACAAGAACGAGCGAUUAACCGUGCGUACGCUGAAUUUGCCACAAAAACAGAAGAACACCCAGUAUCGCGGAAAUUGCCAUUAAAUGGCUACUUGUCUCAGCCAACCACACGAGUGGGUCGUUACAACUUGCUACUUGAGGGAAUUCUGAAGCAUACACCUUCGGAUAACCCGGACUAUGAAACGAUCCCCAAAGUCAUAGAAGCGAUCAAAAGUAUAUUGACGCGGAUGAAUUCUACAACUGGUAGAGCCAAGAACUGCUUUGAUUUGUAUCGAAUUAAUGCGCAUCUUCGCUUCAAGAAUCCAGCAGAUGUUAUUGACUUGAAACUGAAUGACGAAGAACGACAAAUCAUCAAGGAAGACAAGUUACGCAAGUCACAUAGUUUAGAGUCUACCGAGUUCCAAGUGCUUUUGUUUGAUCACUAUUUAGCGAUCGCCAGAGUCAAGAUUGAAAAUGCUGUACAACAUUAUACAAUUCAACGACCUCCAAUUCCUAUCGAGCUGUUAUCAGUUUCCAUUUCAGAACCAGGGAAAGGACGACGAUCCAAUGCUGUUUUACCUCAUUACUACAUACCAAGCGGAAACGCAGCAACUAUGGGCCCGCAUUUGGCCAUGCGCGGAUCCACAGACAGUGGCACUGGAGGUGUGGCGGCUGCAAUAAACGGUGGUGGAACAGCUGGCGGUGGCGGUGGCGGCGGCGGCGGAUUGAUCAGCUCAAGGUCGCAGUUCCCCAUCACUUUCACACACUUGGGACGAAAAGGCGCUGGUAGCCUGACGCUCUACUCAUCCUCUGUACCUGCACGAAAACCUUGGUUCGACAAAAUACGUGAUGUCCAGCUUCUGAAUAGCAUGCGUCGAGCAUUAUUUGCUCCAAUCCCAGCCGUUAAGGAACACCACUUUUUUGUUCUGACAAAAAUCAAUCACAUGGUUACCUUUAAUGAUGGAAGGCAAUAUGUGCUUGCAGCUGAAGAUGGCGUAUACGUUGGCCACACGGAGCGAUCCAGUAUACCUCGAAAAGUAUUGUCAAUCGAACGAGUUACACAAGUUGCUGUGCUGCCGUCAGCCCAAAAGCUUUUGGCUUUAUCCGAUCGAACGCUUUAUGAGUACGCUUUGUCUGUAGUGAACGGCAGUCCAAAAGACCGUCCACGAUCCAACAAAAUCAGAACACAUGUGCCAUUUUUCCAUGUCGGACUAUGUUUGAAACGACAUCUCGUAUGUGUUCCGCGUGUAUCGACACUUCAGACCACCAUUACGGUAUUUGAAGCACAACGACCCGAGGAAUAUCACAAAAAGCAUCUUAACAGAAGGGCAGAUGCACCAGGAAAGAUGCCAUCGCCACUCGAUGUGCCAUUAAAGCAGUUCUCGGUCUACGGUGUACCAAGUGAAGUCUGGGAGAUUGAACUAUCCAAAUCUUUGAUGCUGGUGACAACUUCUCGCGGUGUGAUCAUCCUGGAUAUGCGCGAUUCAAACAAAAUGUUUCGACCUCUUCUCAAUCAUGAAGAUCCUAUGCUUAGGUUCAUUACAGUUCGCGAGCGAGAUCAUUUGAUUCCUACAAGGAAGCGAAUCUCCAUGUUUCGUACUCCUGAAGCCCAACAUAUUGUGUGCUAUGACGAAUUCGCAUUCUAUAUCGACGGCCAAGGAAAUCGCGUGCGACCCGAAUUUCUGAUCGAAUGGGAAGGAUCACCAGAAGGAUUCGCGUUCAGCUACCCUUAUAUAAUGGCAUUCGAACCAUCCUUUAUUGAAAUAAGAAAUAUUUUUACGGGUGAGCGCGAGCAAGUUAUUCGCGGGAACAAUAUCAAAUGCUUGAGCCACCAUUAUGUUUAUCGAACGGAUAUCCCGAUGGUCUUUGGUAUGAUGACGGAUACAACAAACGAGUGUUAUCAGUAUAUCUUCCGACUUGAUCGAAUUACUCCUCAUCGAAAUAGUAGAACAUCGUCCAAAAUCAGCCGAUGA